GACGUCUAAAUUGAGGCUGCCUUUAAGACAUCGACAUCCCACCCCUAGCAGCAAGAUCCCGCUGAGGCUUCGGCUUCUCUCCACAAAAAGACACAAGCCCACCGAGUCAAUUCUCCCAAGCCAAUUCUCAUCCACACCGUAAAUGCUCACGUGAUGACGCUACUGUAAUCCGAUAAGCUAAGAUAAGGAGGACGCGAUCGCGAUGGAAGUGCAGCCUUGUCUGUUCCGUUAACUUCAACUCUCUUUUCCAAACUUAACCACCACGCUCCUUCCUCUCCUUUCGCACUCCACCUUCGUUCUGUUCCGUGAGAGCACGAUCAGUUCCACUUUCACGACCUUCACGAUUUACGAAUUUACUUACGCGUAUGCGCCUGAGCUCCCAUGGUUGACUCGAUCACCUUCCUAACAUCCUGCGCAAUUGCGGUUUGCCAACCCAAGACAGGCAGUGAGCGCAUCUGUGCCAUCCUGCGGAUAACUGCAUGAGGUUUUCAGCGCUUCAGACCUCGAGACUCGCUCUCAAGCUGUCUUGGUCGAAGAAACCGGUCGACCCAAAACACCUUUCGGUACCACCUCUGACCUCAUGAACACCUUUUAUCAUGGCCACCAAUGACGUGGAUGACCCGUGGUUUUGGGAUGUGGGCCGAGUUUGUCAGGAGCUCACCACGGACGAUCGAUCAUGGAACCCUCCUGCGCUGUCAUCGCCCAAUCCGGAGUCACUUCGUCGCAAGCUAUUUGAACACGGUGUGGAUGGAAUGGUCCUCAUUUCAUCACACUUCACAAGGAGAGAUCUGUCCAAUACUUUCAAGAUCUUCGUUAUCAACCAGCAGACCUGGCUUCUCGCCGCUAUCACACAAUUCCAAUGGAGCAGUCCCGAGUAUUUGUCGCGAUACCCGUCUCCUGCUUACAGCUUGGUGAACUGGCUUCAAGAUUUCCAACAGGUAGCUGCGAGGCUCAGAAGUUUAUAUGGAAUCCCUGCUCCUGCCUCCAACAAUCUAGGGAACUCGCUUUCGCAACCAGGACCUCAGCCAGGUCUUCCUGCCUCUACAAUCGCUGCUGUAACUCCGAACCCAGUGGCUAACCCAUCGGUACCUCAAAUCGCUCCUCCUGGUUCCAAAGUCAAUUCUGGUGCAACAGACUCGUCACAAGAUACGUCCGCUGCUACGGGCGAACUGAAUACAGACGGUGAUCUGCAUCAUGAUGGCGAGGAAGAAGCCAAUAGUGGACAAGGAUCAGAUGAGCCAGUUGCAAAGCGUCACAAGAGUGGCAGUGCAGACCCUACGGCCGAUUUCGCUCCUCUGUUUGUAAAUGGUGCCCAAGAAGAUGCUGGCUCUGCUAAGGAUUUGAUUGACCUUGUUCCAUCACCAGAACCUAGCACUGUCGAUCUUGAAUCAAGUGUUGAGCCAGAUAGCCAUGUUAUCGAAGACCGCAGUCAUGGGUUAUCUCCUCAAGCUGACGCUGUUCUCGACUCGGAAAGUGGUGUCCGAGUCUCUAGUGCCAAAUAUGAUGACGACCAUCCUAGCAAUACACCACCCAGCCCAAGUACUCCUGUGGUUCCUGAAGCUGCAGCUACCAUUCCUGCGGCCCAAGGCGACUCCCAAGUCUCGUCUUCACAAUCAGAGGCGGAGCCGCUAGUCCAGAAGCAACCCAAGAGAUUGGCUCUUGGAAUGCUCACCCAUGUUGGCGAAAUCGACCCAAACAGAAAUCGCGCCCUUCCUACCUAUGAGGACGACAUCCUUGGGCUUGAUAUCCCCGACUCUAGUGCUGUCAAUCGUAAGAGAGUCGCUCCUCAACUCUUACCAACUGACAGCGAAGUGUACGCGAAGUCUGCGUGGGCAGUUUCAGAAGAAGAUAUCGGUAGCGAUCAAUCGGAUGUCGAGGCAGCUAAUCAGCUUCACCAAGAGCAAUCUGAUCAUGAGGAAUCUGAGCCAUCAGAAAACCCAGUUGUUCUUGCGCAAAUCCUCCCUACUCCGCAGCCUGUAAUCCCGCAGCCUGCGACUCAUGCCCGUCGUCGUCGUGCUCGAGCUGCCAAGUAUCUCCCAAUGAAUAAGCUGCCAGUAGAUGAUAUCUUCUACGGCAAGGUACCGUUUGGUGCCGAUCUGCCAGUUGAUUCUAUUGAACCUGAAGACAAGUACUUCAGUCAUGUGAAGUCACACCACAUCCCACCCGGUCAAGUCCGGUAUGUUGGCAAGAUGAUCCGAAACUACAUAUUGAGUAAGCAAGAUCUGGACAGAACACCAAGAGCCUCUGGAACAAACUUCUCGAAUGACUUGCUGGCCGUUGAUAUCUUGCGAGAUGCAGAAGGGAAGCAGAUUCCCGCAGUCGUUGUCGAUUCAUCUAUAUUCAUUGAUGCUGACUGGGAGGCUUUUGUGCCGGGAUCCGAUGAAGGAUUCCAGGUGGCACAAAAUUCAGAGGCUGUAUCGAGAGACUCACAUGUUGUAUCUGGUAUGAUCUCUGAGCAAGAUACACUUCCUGCAGUAGCAUCUGAGACAACGAACUCUUGUGAGGGCCCUGACGAAGAGGAAGUUAAGGAUGACAGGGUUUUCACCCGGUUUACUGCCGUUCGUACCUAUCAUGAAGGCGAUGGGAAGAUUGGAUUCAUGACUUUACUCAACACACCUUCCUUCACUCUGUAUUAUACUUCUCCAGAAGGCACCGUUCGUGCUAGACGCGAGAAGCUGGUCGAUUGGCCUGAGCUCAUGGGACGCCAGAACCAUGAGGACUUCGUAGCUCACGAUCCCCUGCAACUAAUCGGCCGUCGCCCCGAAUUAGACCCCGAUUCCCUCCUUCACUGGGAAACUGGAAGUAAUGAGAACUUGCCUGGGUGGGGCGAGUCUGGGCAGGAAGGAUGUUAUGAUACAGACACCUGGAAAGAGAUUGAUAGAGAGCGAGGUGAUAUUCGUCGUCGUCGUACAAGAUUGAGAGGAACUCAUCUUAAUCCUAUCCAGCUCAAAAACAUUUGGAACCAGGCAGUUAACGAUUACAUCGAGAAGUGGCAGCAGCAGAAAUUGCCGAAGCUUGAGAAAACAGCCGCUGGUAUCUGGUUGGGCUCUCGCAGAACACGUACCAAGCGAGUCCAAAUUAAAGCCGCUCAGAAUGAUCUCCAACAUCUCCAAAAUCGCCUUGCCAAUCAACAGGCCGAAUUUGAUAGUAUCGCAUGGUCUAGCUGGACUCAAGCUCUUAGAGGCUGCAGAAACAUGGAGUUGACUGUGUUCGGUAUCCAAACUUUGGAAUGGACGAUCGAUACACUCCAGCAGAAGACCAGUCCUGGGGUGCCAUUUGUGCGUCUUUCGAAGCGCGUGUCCAAACCAAAGACCAAAGCUUCCAGAGCUGCGGCUGACACAGACGAUGACUUAGAAGAUGAUAUGGAAGGCUUCAUUACUGAUGACGAAGCCUUCGAUGCAGAAGGAAGCGGAGAAGAGGAAAUGGUUGAGGGCAUGCAGGACUCGGAUGAUGAGCUUGUCGAAGGCGAUCGCCCAAAUAAUGGCCAACAUUACCUGAACAGAUCCCUUGACGAUCCCAGAACUCCAGUUCGAAAAUCACAGUCAACUAAGCGAGUUUCAGAGGUCAUUGAUCUGACCGACUCACCACCUCUAGGACCGUGCGAUGUCGAUCUUAUUACUCCCGAAAAGAGAUUACCUGCUAUACAGAAGGCACAAAAAGUCAGGCUUUUGAACCGGAAGCCGAGCCCAAGCCCAAUUAUCAUCUCUAGCGACUCGGAGGCAGUGGAGCUGCCACCGUUCACGAACCCAAUGGCCAUUGCGGAGUUCCCCUUUGAGCACUGGGAGAAAGCUGGAGACAGACACCGACUGUUGAUCCGUAUAUUCUAUAAACUGCGAGACCCACAACAUAUUCUUCAACUAUUCGCUAGCUGUAAUGAAGAGAAGCUUUGGAAUCUCAUGUGCGAAGUUGUGCGAGCUCUUCAAGUAGGCAGCGAGGAGGUCGAUGACAUGCACUCUACUACCUUCAACCAACUCUCUGCAAUUGCUCAAGUCCUUGCUAUGUACAUGGAAUGCAAGUUUGUGGAAUGGGGACGAGAGAUGCACGAGGUGCUGUGCGAAGUUUUGCUAGGUGCGGAAGGUUGGUGGCCUGGCUUUUACAAGCAUUGCUCACGCAUGGAAAGGUAUCUGGAUGGCUCAUAUGUUCCUGAACCUCGAUCACCUUCAUUGCCAAGCAACUUCGACAGACUCAAGCUCAAGAAGCGCCAGAUUUCCGAGAGCGACGACGAUGACGAAGACGAAGGUCCCACGAAGCGUCGACGCGUUAGAGGCUCUACUGAUGCCGACGAAGAUGACGGGGCCUUUCCUGCAACCUUGUCACCUCACAGCACACGCAAAAGGCCAGUAAUUGAGGACAUGAACGCUCGCGAGGCUCGUAAGAGAAACGCGGAGCGUAUAGCCGAACAAGAACGUCGUCGGACCAUCCUCAAGGCUAAGCUUGCCGAAUCGGGUAACACUCUUGGGCAAGGAAAGACUAAACACAUUAUCAAUGAUGCUGCUACACUCGAUCAAGGACAUGUAUAUGUCAACGAGGAGAUUGGCCAUCGCAUCAAGGAACACCAAGUUGAUGGCGUCCGUUUCAUGUGGAACCAGAUCGUUGCAGUUGGCACUGAACACUCGAUGCAAGGCUGUCUCUUAGCCCACACCAUGGGUCUUGGCAAGACCAUGCAAGUCAUCACUCUUCUAGUUGCAAUCUCAGAGGCAGCCUCGUCCUCCGACCCAUCAAUUUCCUCUCAGAUCCCCUCUAGUCUGAAAGGUACGCCGAAAACCCUUGUUCUUUGCCCACCAGGUUUGAUUGAUAAUUGGAUGGACGAACUUCUUUACUGGACCCCUGGAAGUACCUUGGGUGAAUUCUGGAAAAUCGGCAGUUCUCUUUCUGUGAAGAAUCGCUUGCAAUAUAUUUCUGAAUGGCAUAGUGCUGGUGGAGUUCUCAUUGUUGGCUACGAGAUGCUUCGCAACCUCGUUCAAAACAAGACAACCGCUACUCGCCAAGCCCCACUUACAGUGGAGGAACAUAAGCGAGUCCUUGAUGAGAUUCUGAAUGGCCCCGACAUAAUCAUCGCCGACGAGGCUCACAAGCUCAAGAAUGCCAAAUCCGGCCUUGCUUCUGCCGCCUCAGGCUUCCGAUCCAGAUGCCGUAUUGCUCUCACAGGUUCUCCUCUCGCCAACAACGUUGAGGAAUAUCAUUCAAUGAUUGAAUUUGUGCAGCCUGGUUAUCUUGGUGGCGUUGUUGAGUUCCGUAGCAAGUACAAGGAACCCAUUGAGGAAGGUCUAUUCGCAGACUCGGAUUCUUUCCAACGUCGAACAGCCUUGAAGAUGCUGGGUGUUCUAAACAAGGAACUCGCACUUAAGGUUAACAGAGCUGACUUAUCAGUCCUGCGAAACGACUUGCCACCGAAGAAAGAGUUUGUGAUUUCUGUGCCACUCACAGAUAUUCAGCGCAAGGUCUACUCAUUAUAUGUCAAAUAUCUGAAGGUUAGCGAUAACCAGCUCACCAAAGAUGGUGAGGUUAAACAGACUACACUUUGGUCUUGGCUCGCGACGCUUUCCUUGCUUUGCAACCACCCGUACUGCUUCGAUGCCAAGAUGAAGGAGGGCAAGGAAGCUCCAUCAAAGCAGGCCACUCCAGAAAAUUCGACUGACGAUGAUCUCACAGCCAAGUUGAUCGACGUCCCCCUUGCUAAAACAGGGCUCUCGACAACAUUCAUCGAAGAGGUUACGAGACUGUUUGCAGAUGAGGAUCUCACUCAAGUAAAUUUGUCAAACAAGGUCGCAGUGCUGUGUCAGAUUUUGGAUGCCGCAAAGGAGGCUCGCGACAAGACUUUAAUAUUCUCUUCUUCAAUUCCGACGUUGAAUUUCCUGGAAAAUCUCUUUAAGAGACAAGGUCGCACACUAGCUCGGCUUGAUGGUAAGACUGCAAUGGCAAAGCGUCAGCGCCUCAUCAAGAAGUUCAAUAAGGGAUAUGACGACGUCUUCCUCAUAUCGACAACUGCCGGUGGGCUUGGUUUGAAUCUACAGAGCGCUAACCGGGUCGUCAUCUUCGAUUUCAAGUACAACCCGAUCCAAGAGGAGCAGGCUGUGGGGCGCGCAUUCCGCAUUGGGCAGUCGAAACGAACAUUUGUCUACCGCUUUGUCUGCGGAGGCACAUUUGAAGACAAUGUUCACAACAAGACGGUUUUCAAGUCUCAGCUUGCUUCUAGAGUGGUUGACAAGAAGAGCCCCUUGGCCUAUGCGAAGAAGAAAUUUGGGGACUUUCUUUUCGAGCCAAAGGACCUUCCACAAAAGGAUCUUUCCCAGUUUCGAGGAAUGGAUCCUGAAGUUCUAGACAAAAUUCUUGCAUCUCAAGCUCAGAGAUCCACAAUCCGCUCUAUUGUUCAGACCGAUACUUUCGAAAUGGACGAUGAAGAUCGACUCACGCCUGAAGAACAGAAGGAGGUUGAUAGGAUGUGUCGGGAACUCGAACUUCAGCAGGCCCAGCGGCAAGCCCAGCAACUUGCUGAUCGUCGACGUCCGAGCCCGACUUUGAUGCAAGUUGACUCUUCCAUGCCGCCACAGCUUCAGGCACAUCGCUCUGCCCGGUCCAUGAAACAAUCAGGCCCAUCUACAGCCGCACAGUUUUGCAUUCAGCACGUAAAUCCGUCUGUGAACCGACCUGCCCCCCCUGCUAUGUCUGCACCACAUUCCGCUGGCCAUGAAAAACCCGGCAAUGAAACCCCGAUCCGUCCACCAUUAAAAGCUCCUCGAGGACCUACUACUCCAUCUUCGAGCGCCAGAACUUAUUCAGCUGUCGCCUCUGGUGGCAAUGACCGGAGUAAUCCUCCAAUCAUGGGUGCUAACACACGCGCACUUUCCCAGACCCCGCCUCCAUACAGAAAGGCCGAAGAGGCUCGCCAUCAAGCAAACAUGAUUUCUACUCCUGGACCUGGCAAGGAUAGGACUGGGCGGAGCACGCCUACAGCCACUUCCAAUGGUGGAUCUAGUCAGUCAAAACAACUUGAGUCCGGUACCAGACUCUUCCCCAUCAUCGCCAGUGCAUACAAAUCCAGUGACCCGAUGGCUUCAGCUGCCUCAGGUGCCUCGCGAAUUUCUGACGAUGUUUACGAGAUAGCCAAGUCUGUGAACGACGACAUCAGAGCCGCCAUCCAUAAGCGAUUUGCACGUUGCGAUGACCGUGAACAACAGCUACGCUUGGUAUUGGAUGUUCUUAGCAAGAACCCUGCAACAUGUUGCCAACUCAUCGAAUCCAAAUUGAGCGGUGAUGACUUUGUCCAAAGUCUUUUGGGCCGUGGACCUAGCUCUGCUCAACAAUCAGUAUGCAUUUCCCAAUCUUCUACAUCUCCUUUCAGACGUGAGGCACAUGCUGUUGGAAGUUCCCAGAGUACUCUGAUGACUUCAACUUCACAGCCAAUGUCAGACCUUCAUCACACGGCCAGAGAACCAAAGUUCGAUACCUUCUCUCUAAAUGAGCUCGAGCGUUACUUAUGUAGCAAAAAUUUGAGCAUCAUUGGAAGUAGACAGGAAUUGAUAGAACGCUGCAGAGAUCAAGACCCAAAUUUGAUCCUUGCAAACGAUACGAGCCAUGAGGUUCUGGCUGAGAAACAGCAUGGAGGCACAGGGAACGGCGAUGCUGCAGAGAUUAUACCUGCCAUAGCACCAGCCGUAGAGUCUGCUCCAAGCAAAAUUGGCAACAACUUCACCCGACUUUUGAUGCGGAUGUUCAGUUCCGAGCGCUAACGCAAUACGAAUUUAGUCCGCUAUGUUCCAGGCGAUGAAUAGUCAAUUCUCAAGCUCAAAAUCUCGCCGAGACGUCUCGACUCCUAAGGCGACCAAGACCGACGAUGACGAACUCAUGGCUCGGAUCAAUCGCAACCGUCUUGCUAAGGGAGAACCCCCAGUUUCCAAGUCAUCCAAGACUCAUGGUCAGUUCUAGCAGCUCACCUAUAAUGGUUUAAUGGGGGCCAAAGAGUGUGUACUCCCCGACGGUGUUGCAAAGUUUUCCCUUCUAUUCCUUCAUUCUCCAAGAAUGACUGAGCACGCAUGGUGGCCUUUGCAUCGAAAUGGAGCUGCACAACCUCUCUGUUUUUACUUUCCUUUUCCUCUUCAUGCACCUUCACUUAUUCAAUUUUUCUGCUCUCUUGGAGGACUUCAUUGACACGAGGCGUUAUGGGAAAGAUACCACUGCAUGGAACAAUGUUACUUCAGACAGCGCAUUGGUGCUUUUAUUGAUGCAUUGGCGUAUCUAGAGAAGGCUAGCAAACAAGGAUGGCCUUUUUUGGUCAGAAUCAACAGAUAUGCGUACUUCGAUAGAGUUUGGUAGAUGUAGUCUACGCGCGGAUCUCUUUAGGACGGUUGGUUGAAGAGCUCACACGCGAAGGCAAACUACAGAAUAGAAGCAUCUACCUAAACACUCCUUCCACUGUCUCAGAUGUGAUUCGAACAGUAUAUACUGGGGUUUGCGGUGCAGACAGACCCUACACAGGAGAAAUUUCCCACCGGACACUACUUUAGUCUUCCAGGAACCUGGCAAGUCAAAUAUAAGAACGAACGGCUUAAGGCCAACGUAUGUAGCACUGAAACGGCUUUUGAGACAGGUUUUUAAUCAAAAGAGUGUGCGCAAAUGAUUGUAUUCCAAUUGUUGUUUCUUCUGAUCGAUAAGUACAAACGAGAGCAAAUCUAUCUUCGAUUAAAGCAACAACUAAACUAUGACACAUUACGUCCAAUUCUUACUAU